UUCGGAUGCUGCUAGGCUAGUUAAUGUUGACACGAAAAUUAUACCACAAAUAUAAAAUAACAGAAAAUGUAUAGAGAGUCGCAUUGUUUAGAAAGUAUUUUCUUUUCUUUUAUAAAAAUUAAUUAAAACAGAGUUGAAGUUCUGGCACAGCAUAAUGCAGGUUUUUAUGGCGCCCCAGCCAUUGCCGGCCGUUGGACUACCAAAUGCUUACCACGUACUUGGUCUCCAAAAGCUGUUUUCGGCUGCAAACCACUAGCAAACAAAUCACACUACACAAAAAUAUAUAAGAAUAUUCUCUCUUUUUAUUUUUGAAUCUUUGUCUUAUCUAUAUUUUCUUGUUCCCGUCUCUUCAAGAAAAAGUUGGAUUCCUGCCAGACUUUGCGUGCCUGCUAGCUCCAUUUCCAUGAGCUUCAGCAGUUCUCUUCAACUCAAAGGUACCAUCUAUUUUGGCAUCAACAGCCCCACAUUUCUCUGUAGUUUGUUCUCUAGAGAUUGAAACUUUGAAACUUGUUUAAUUUGCAGUGUUCUUCCGAUAGUUUUUGAAGGUGGUUCAAUGUGAUUUCAUUGAGAAUUCUAGGCUUAUUAUUUGUAACAAGGAAUUACACCUUAAGCCGAUCUUUCUCAAACGUCUCGAUUGAACUCCAAGGGUUGCCCUACUUUGAUUGGACGGAUUCUUAUGGCUCUAAAAGAAAAACAGUUUGAAUUUGACCUUGAAAGUGGAGGGGGUACUCGUGAAGAAGAUGAGAGCUUAGACGUUGUUUCAAACAAAAGACCGAAAUAUAAAUUCUUGGGUAGUGUUUUGGGAGGGUUGAUGAAUUCCAAUGAAUCAAUCAUGUUUACAUGUGGCGUUGUAUCAUCUACCAGUUCAGAAAAAUCUGGGCAGGUUUCAAAUGCUAGUGUGGAGUUGGUAGUAGAAAGGAAUUCAGAAGGGGAGGAGAGUCAAGGACAUAUGACCCUUGCAGAAAAGGCAUGUGAGAAUGAUCGGCCUAGGAAGACCAACUCUAGGAAUGCUUCUAAGCCACCACGACCUCCUAAACCUCCAUCACUUGAUGCAGCCGACCAGAAGUUGGUAAGGGAGAUCAUCGAGCUCGCCAAGAGGAAGCGAGCGAGAAUUGAAAAGAUGAAAAUAGUAAAGAAGAUAAAAGCAUCCAAGUCAUCCUCGUUACACAGUGGCAUAUCUGCUAUGCUCAUCACACUACUCUUCUUCUUUGUCAUAAUCUUUCAAGGAAUAAGCUCCAGAAGCAUUCCAAAUGUGAGUAUACAUGGGUCUCCUGAGCCAGCGGUCGCAACAACUCAAGGUUUUGUCCCACUUCAAUACUACAAAAGCGGCAUACGAAGUUCUACCGGUCAAAAUUUUGGGGAGGACCCGAUUUCCCGUUCAGGUGCGGCUGAGGAGAUGAGGAAGUUGAUGGACAAUAUGAAAGGUUGUUGACGAUAUUAGCACUUCCAUUUUGCAGCCUUGGAACUAAUACAGAUUUGUUUUCUUCCUCCAUUCUUUAAUGUUGCAGCAGGGUUAUCUUUUUUCAUUUGUAUAUAUGUACGUACAGCCAUAAACUGCAGGAGUUUUUUUUAUUCUUGUACAGUGAUUUCAUUUGGUGAAAAGAAUGAUUGUGUUGAUGAGAAAUGCAGUGUUUAUUUGUUGGUGAAAUAGUAUGUCACAAGUUCACUACAUGCAAUCAAACUUGAAACUCAAGUCUUAAUGGCACCUCGUUGCAGAAGUUGGCAAGUGCAGAUCGUGUGGCAAAAUUCUUGUAAGAUGGUGUUUGGGAUAAAAUCUGAACUUUGGGCCAGAGAGAAAGUC